AGAGCAGUACGCCCAGUAACAGCAGCAACACCAUCGACUAAAGGCUUCAACUCAGGGCUAAUUAAGGAAACGGAAAGGAAAGCAGCACGUCGACAAUGCUGCCGUCACGUAAACAUUUAAUUGUCUUCAUUGUGGUGACAACAUUAUUCUGCUUAACAGUGGGACAGGAUUCCUCGUUUCAGGCCACGAUCAUCAGUUCAAACAAUCAACUUCAGUCAGCGAAUGGAACGAGCUUGAACGAAACCAUUACGAUUAACAUUAGCGAAAUAAUUGCAGCUGCCGACGCUUUAUCAAAUGUCACAGACAUUUCCAGCUCUACAGCUCCAACAGGAACAUCAACAACCUCCUUAACGGAUUCAACAACAACACAAGCAGCAAUAACCACAACUACAGAUACAUCCACCAGCACACAAUCGACAAAAACUACUUUUGCCGAAACAACAACCACAACAAAUUCACCAACAACACCACCAUCCACAACAACCACAAAAACUUCAACAACAACGCCACAAUCCACACAAAAUUUUCCAACAACAACAGUUGUUGUGGUCACAACAAGUUCACUAGCAUCCAUAACCACACCCCAAAACUCUACAAUAAUUACUCCGACUUCAACAACAACACCAGAAUCUACCUCAAGCACGGCUCAAGUUUCAACGACCACACCGCAAGUCACAACAACACCACAAACCUUAACAACAUCAACAACACCGCAAUCUACAACAACAUCAGCAACACCGCAAUCCACAGCAACAACCACGCCAAACCCAUCAACGACAUCACAAUCCACAACAACAACAACACCUCAAAUUUCAACAACACCACAAUCCACAACUCUACCUUCAACAACAACACAAAUUACCUCCACAACAUCACAAUCUAUAACAACAACCACUCAAAUAUCAACAACAGAUCCACAACCAACCACUGCAAUAGCACAGACUUCAACAACAGCACAGCCUACAGCAACAACCAGCACUGAAGUUUUAACAACAACCACUAGCACAACACCACUUGCUUACACCGUUUACACCAUGGAGCCAUAUCCAAAUAUUUAUGGAAGAACAAACCAGAGCAGCCAGACACCGCGCAGAUUGCGAAUGGGCCGCAAAGGACGCAGGGGCAGGAGACCACGUCGUCGCACCACCUUGACACCACUGUCUUCUAGCAGCAGCAGCACCACCACAACAACAACUGCCAGAACAACAGUGAGUGGCGAUGAUUUUAGCGGGGACUACGACGAUAUUAUCCUAAACUCAAACACUGUGCUUGAACCGUUUCCGCAACUGCCUCUGGAGCUCGGAAAUAUCAAAAACAACAGAAUCCCGCAAUAGUGAUUCGAUUGAAAUAUACUCCAGGAGACUGACCCCAAUAACUGCGGACUUUCCUUUGAA